AAUGUACAGAAAUAAGAAAAUCUUAUUCUGAAAUUUGUGCUAAUAAAAAAAAAGGUCAUGUGGGUGGGAAGACGUGCCCACAAAGAACAGAGAGGAAGAACGAUGACAAUUUGAGCUUGUUGAACAAGCAAGAUGACUUCAUGGAUCACUCUAUAAAGACAAGCUAGUGUUGGCUAAGGAAAACACAAGCAACGAUGGCCGAGGUGAAGCUACACGGAUUUUGGUAUAGUCCCUUUACUUGGAGGGUGGUGUGGACCCUAAAGCAAAAGGGUAUACCAUAUGAAAACAAAGAGGAAGACCGCUACAACAAAAGUCCUCAACUUCUUCAAUACAACCCAGUUCACAAGAAGACUCCUGUUCUAGUUCAUGCUGGAAAACCCAUAUGUGAGUCAAUGAUUAUUGUUGAAUACAUUGAUGAGAUAUGGCCACAGAAUUCAUUGCUUCCUGCUGAUCCACAUGAGAGAGCUCUUGCACGGUUUUGGGUCAGAUAUGCUGAUGACAUGAUUCCUUCAGUUUGGGCACUCUACCAUAGCAAUAGUGGCGAAGAGCGGGAGAAGGACAUAGAAAAAGUGAGGGAACAUCUAAGAGUUGUUGAGGAUCAAUGCUUAGCUGAUGAGAAGAAAUUCUUUGGGGGAGACACUAUUAACAUUGUUGACAUAGCUUUUGGGACCGUUGCAAAAUUUAUUGAGUUUGGGGAAAAUAUCUAUGAAGUGAAGGUCGUAGAAGCUGAGAAACUCCCUCGCUUGCAUUCAUGGUUUAAUAAUUUCAAGGAUGUCCCAGUCAUCGCAGAAAACCUUCCUGACCAUAAGAAAACGGUAGCUUGUGUCAAGUCUAUCAUAGAAAAAAAUUCGGCAGCUUGAAGGAAACGGUAGCUUUUAUGAAGUGAUAAAUAAUAAAGAAUUGCAUCUUUGUGUGUCACCUCUUUCUAUAUGCUUAUUUCUAUGUUAUCAACCUCUAUGUUUGGGUUUUUCUUGAUAUACUCGAAAGAAAUAAAAGUUUAA